AUGAAGACGAUCUUCAUGAGACGAACGCUCUAUUGGUCUGUGCGUACGUAUACAUAUGUUUUUAUUCUUGUGAUCAUACUGAUAUUUAUACUUUGGACCGAUGUAUCUUUGAAACCAUCAUCUUCUUGUCAACAAGUGAAUAUUUAUGGGAAAAUCAAUGAAAAACGUUGUUAUCCAUUGUUGGUUAACUUUGCUGAUGAAUGUUGUGCUCAAUCACAAGAAGACAAUUGCGCGACUGGUCUUCGUUUUGGAAUAAAACAAUGUGUGAGAUUAACUAUGAAUAUAUUUAAUAAAGACAAGAUAUUCAUUCGUCGAAAUCGAGAGAUUCUCAGUUAUCGUCGAGGUGCAGGAUUUUGGAUUUGGAAGGCAUAUAUUCUUUGGCAUGAAUUAUACGUUGCACGUGAAGGAGAUAUCAUUGUUUAUUCAGAUUCAGCUGUUCAUUUCAUUGCAGAUAUCGAUCUUCUUGUGACAUUGAUGAAAAAACAAGAUAUUUUAGUGUUUAAACAAACAAAUCAUAGUGAAUGCGCGUAUACAAAGCGAGAUGCUUUUAUCCUUCUUAAUGCUGAUACUCCGGAAUAUGUUCAUUCGAUGGCUUCUGUCGCUUCUUACAUUAUUGUUCGUAAAAGUAUCGAUAGUUUCUUGUUUGUAUCAGAAUGGCUGACGUAUUCACAAGAUAAUCGAGCAUUGACUGACGAGCCGAAUAUUUUAGGCAAAGCUAAUUAUGACGAAUUUAUCACUCAUCGUCAUGAUCAAUCGAUUCUGGGUAUUUUAGCGAAGAAGUGGCGAUUGAGAAUGUACACAGAUCCCAGCCAAUUUGGAGAGAAUUAUUCACGACCAUUUCCGACAAUAUUUUGGCAUCAUCGUUCAAAAGACUAA